AUGAACAAGACGACAACUCUUUCACUUUUCACUGCCUCCAAUGAACUUGAAGGAGAUUGGCCAUGGCAUCGGUAUCAAAUUGUUGUUGUUACAGCGUGUCUUGCUUCUAGUAACUUGGGGAUUCUUUCCGUUGAUGCUCCUGCUUAUGAUUUGGUUUUGAAGUUUCUUCUUCCUCUCGCCAUUCCUUUGCUUCUCUUUAGGGCGGAUCUCCGCCGUGUAGUCAGCUCCACCGGCGUACUUCUCUUGCCUUUCUUGCUUGGUUCAGUUGCAACUACAAUUGGGACAGUAGUAGCAUAUCUACUUGUUCCAAUGCGAUCACUUGGUCCGGAUAGUUGGAAGAUAGCAGCUGCUCUCAUGGGUAGACAUAUUGGUGGGGCUGUCAAUUAUGUUGCCAUAUUUGAUGCUCUUGGUGUUCAACCCUCAGUUUUAGCUGCCGGCUUAGCUGUAGAUAAUGUUAUUUGUGCACUGUAUUUUUCAGCAUUGUUUGCAUUGGCCUCUAAAGUGCCUCCAGAGCCCUCAGCGUCAGUAGAUGAUGAUGCUAUGAAUUUAUCUGGGUCUGGUGACAAACUUCCAGUGUUACAAAUGGCUACUUCUCUUACGGUGUCUUUUGCCAUCUGCAAGGCUGCCACUAUUCUUACAGGGUAUUUUGGAAUCCAAAGGGGUACUCUGCCAUUAGUAACAACAAUUGUUGUGAUAUCUGCGACUGUAUUUCCCAAACCAUUUGCUUCUCUUGCAUCCUCUGGUGAACCUAUGGCUGUGAUUCUCAUACAGGUAUUCUUUGGGGUGAUAGGUGCGAGUGGGAGCAUAAGGAGUGUGAUGAACACAGCACCAAGUAUUUUUCUAUUUUCUUUUGUUCAUAUAACAGUCCAUCUUGCUUUGAUACUUGGACUGGGAAGACUUUUUCGCUUUGACCUGAAAAGUUACCCAGACUUCAUAAUUUUUCUGGCUCCGCCACUGUCUACAAUCACAAUUUAA